AUAUUCAACCAGAGCAGUUUUUCUUUUUUUUUUUCAGGAUUGCUUUAUGCAGGGCUUUUGUCCAACUUGCAAGAAAAGUUCUUGCAGUCACUUUCCAUAGUAUAGAGACUCUGAACCACACCAACCUACUGGAUUUUCCUCAUUGCUUCUCAGCUUGGGAGACUAUCUUGUUUGAAACAAUCGUCUUUUGCUCCAAUAUAAGUACUCGCCUGCUAGCCCCAGAACUUGCUAGAGGCAAGGUGGGCAAACAGAAACAGGGGUUCAGAUCCAAGCAAGAGAUCUCUCCCUCCGCUUUGUGAGCAGCAUCAAGCGAAAUGGACAACAACAUUCCUGUAGUUAGCAAGAUUUUUUGCUCAGGCACUCCAACAAUGCUGAUGAUCAGGAGACGACCCAUUGUAGUGAAUGGUGGUGGUUUUGUUGUUACUGACCUCAGUCAUAAUGUUGUCUUCGCCGUAGAUGGUUGUGGAAUACUUGGAUCCAAGGGAGAGAUUAUGGUCAAAGAUGGUGAAGGAGAACCAAUACUAUUCAUCUCUAAAAAGGGAGGAAUUGUCCAGGCUCUAAGCACUAGGAACAAAUGGAAUGGAUACUCGAUGGAUUACCAAGGAAAAGACAAGUUGGUCUUCAGCCUAACUGAUCCGAAAUCAUGCAUAGCACAAGGUGCUCCAAUUAGAAUUCAUAUUGAACCCAAGAGGCACUGCAAAAAUUGGGAUUUCGAAAUUGGUGGAUCUUUUGCAGAUAGAGACUGCAAAAUAGUUGAUUGCACCAGAAAAAUAGUAGCCCGGAUGGGUAGGAUAGAACUGAUUGGAGGCAAGGACUUCUACCAUGUGGAAGUGCAAUCAGGAUAUGACCAAGCUUUCAUCAUUGGUGUGAUGGCAAUUCUUGACAACAUUCAUGGAGAAUCAACCAGAUGCUGAUAGCAUGAAUGAGAGAAUAGAGUAGACUCAUGUUCAAUAGCACUGAUCUUGCAACCUACUAUAAUCUUCAAGUCAGAAACAAUGCAUGCUGGCACCAUCAUAUGAUUGUAUGUCGCACUGAAUAUCAUUUUGAGACAAGCUGAUAUGAUCCUUACGCUGCCA